CGAAACGAAACACCACGAGUCAACUGUCACCGCACCGCAUCCACCACCUUCGUCUCCGCCAACCGAACGCUCGACCACCACCAGUACCACCACCGCUAUGGCGUCCGCAAACCCUUACGAAAACACCUAUGACAGCUCGCGGAUCGAACAGGACAUCAUCGACCCUGACACGCUCUCCAUCAACUCCGCCGACGACCCGCUCGACGACGCCGCCAACACCUCGGCAAGCGCACCGCUCAACCCGUCAUCGCUGACCUCGGCGAUCCCCGGCGAAGACCGCCGCGCACCGACCAACACCCUCGAUGAAUCCGUGUGGGACACCCUCUCGCGCGACAUCCUCGCCGUCUGGACGAAGAUGAAGGCCGUGCUCUACCCGAAGUUUACAUUCCGCAAGUGGCCGGACGCGAACGACGUGCUGUCGCAUGGCGAGCGCGGCGGCUUGGAGCUGCGCGAAUGGGAUCUCUGGGGCCCGCUGCUGUUCUGUCUCGCCUUGUCGACGCUGCUGAGCAUGUGCGCCAAUGAGAAGCAGAAGACAGAUGUGUUUGCGGGGGUGUUCACCAUGGUGUGGGUUGGCGAGGCGGUGGUUACGGCGCAGAUCAGGCUGUUGGGUGGGAAUAUCUCGUUCUUUCAGGCCGUCAGUGUUAUCGGUUACACGCUCUUCCCGAUAGUGAUAUGUGCACUGCUGAGCGCAUUCCGUGUGUACGCCGUCAUCCGGGUCCCGGUGUAUACUGUCUGCUUCCUGUGGAGUUUGGCCGCGGGAGUGAGUAUACUGGGCGGCAGCGGUGUGGUCCGGAACCGCGUUGCGUUGGCUGUCUUCCCGCUUGCGAUAUUUUACUUCGCGCUCGUGUGUUUGUGCUUGAUUAGCUAGGCUUUUGGGGUAACAUUCUUUCUUUUUACGGUACCAUUUCUUUUGUCGGCGGAGCAAUUGUUUGGGAUGCUAGAGCAAUCAUGUGUUAUCACUCGUGAAAUGGGCUACGCCAUCACCGUAG